CUGGGCCGGGCUGUGCUGCGGAACCGAGCGAGGCUUCGCGUGGGUGGAGGAGGCGCGGGUGCAGUCUCUAAGACGUAGAAAUGGCUUCCAAACGAGCUCUGGUCAUCUUGGCCAAAGGCGCAGAGGAGAUGGAGACGGUGAUCCCGGUGGAUGUGAUGCGACGAGCCGGGAUUAAAGUCACAGUUGCAGGCCUGGCUGGGAAAGACCCCGUGCAGUGUAGCCGUGAUGUAAUGAUUUGUCCUGACACCAGUCUUGAAGAUGCAAAAAAGCAGGGACCAUACGACGUGGUGGUUCUUCCGGGAGGCAAUCUGGGUGCACAGAAUUUAUCUGAGUCGGCUGUGGUGAAGGAGCUCUUGAAGGAGCAGGAGAGCAGGAAGGGGCUCAUAGCUGCCAUCUGUGCGGGUCCUACCGCUCUGUUGGCUCAUGAAAUCGGUUUUGGAAGCAAGGUUACAACACACCCAGGGGCUAAGGACAAAAUGAUGAAUGGUAGUCACUACAGCUACUCAGAGAGCCGUGUGGAAAGGGAUGGCCUGAUCCUCACCAGCCGUGGGCCUGGGACCAGCUUCGAGUUUGCACUGGCUAUCGUGGAGGCGCUCAGCGGCAAGGAGGCGGCUGAGCAAGUGAAGGCGCCGCUCAUUCUCAAAGACUAGCGCCCAAGCCCUGGGCCCCAAGGUUGGGGCAGGCCACUGGAAGCCAGCCCCUGAACUAGGGCCACUAGUGUGUGUAGAAGCCACUGCAUCUCUAGAAGUGGCAUGGGAAGUAGCCGCCGCACAGGGUCCCGCCCUGAAGCCUGGGUCUGUACAUCUCUGAACACUGCUGGUAGAAUAAAGUUUACCAGCUCCUGGCA